CAAUUUAAUUUAUAAAUAUCAAACUAAAUAUAAUCAAAGUUAAAAUUGCCAUGAAUUCAUCUCUAGAAAAAAGACCAACAAAUUUUGGUAGUGUUACUGAUGACCAAGUGACAAAAGACAUAAUGCAUUAUAAUCCACCAAAUUGUUUACCCAAUGGGUGUAUUAAACCGGAACAGCAUUUUAUGUAUGAUCGCCAGUUAGCCAAAGUUUUGAUGCAUUAUUACACUCCAGAAGAACGAAAAAAAGUCACUUUGUGGAUAAAUACAUUGGAAAAUAUGAUUAUCGAUGAAGAUGAACUAUCUGAGCGUUACAUGUACUUAACUUGCCUUAACAUGCUUUUACAAAACGGUUUAUUAAUACCACCAUUUACAAGAGUACCCCCAAAAAAACCUUUAAAACCACUGAGGGACGUUAUCGAUAAGCGACUGUAUAAAAAAGUUCAAACUGAAUGUCGUAAAAGGAGAGUAUAUGAAAUAAAAAAGUUUGAACGAUCAGAUAGAACUACACACGUACCACAUGAUUUUUUUAAUCAACAGCCAGUGCCACAAAACGGAAUUUUAUGUUAUGGUGCUGCUUUUAGCACAAUUGAAUAAGAAAUAAAAUUUAAUCCAUGAGUAUCUAACAAUUGUUCGUUAAAGGUGUUUAACGACUUCCUUUUAGCCUUUUUUCUGGAGAUUUUUUUCGAAUAACCAUCAUAUUGUAAUAUGAAUAAAUAUUUAAUAAUAUUAAAUUUAUUAAUAAAUAUUUAAUAUAUUUGUUCAAUUUCGACGGCCAUUUACACCUAGAAAAUAAGUCGCCGGUACAAAUUAAUAUUUUUAAUUCAU